AUGGACGCUGCACUCAAUGGAGCAGUUGACAAAGCCGUCAACGUGUUCAUGGACCUGGACCUGGUCCCCACGGUGGUCAGCGCAGACAUGUUGCACAGCCACUGUCGCGAGCUCAUCUCCGAUGUUCUUGAAUGGGAACAUCAGAAGUACGUCCAGGACAAGGUCCAAGUGGAGGGCAAUGACGUGCAACUGCUACGAGUCCAGGUCCAUGGCGCGUGGGUCAAGGUCUCAGACGCCGGCAACCUUCCCGAAGGAGCCGACGAGUCAACCCUGGUUGACUUGAGAGCUUGCCUGGGCACAACGCGACCGCUGCACUACGCGCAGACCGCCCUGAACGGCAUCCUCAUGUCCUUGCCACUUGUUCUGCAAGCCCGUACUGACUGGUACGCGGCACAUUUUAUCCAUGAGCGAUGGCUCUUGGAUAAUGCAUCCCGCCGUGAGGAUGAGCAGGUGAACCGAGAAUUUUGGGACUUGGAUCGCAAUGAGAUGCUGAAGGACGUGAGCAUUUCUUUAUUCGUUCGCGAUGCUGUUCUCAGCAGAUGUCCGUUCCUCCCCGAUCCCACACGGGAGGCCCUCGAGCACGGAGGGUUUGUUCUCAAAGAGGACCUUGAUUUGUUGGCUUUCGACCCACGGUGGGAUGCGUACGGAGUUGAGAACCUGUACAGUCUAGUUCCAGCCCCGUUCCUAGACGUCCGGAAGAUCGUCCGGGACCGGGAGGGCUGA